UCAGCCCCAAAAAUUGUCUUGCAGCAUUUCCUUUUUCAUUUUUAGGGUUUUCAGCUCUUGCUCUCCUCCUCCCCUAUAUUUUUCAUAUUUUUUCUAAUUAAAUUCCUGCAGAGAUUUCGUAUUUUCUCUCCCCCAAAGCCCAAAUCCAAGUAAGCAGUUCCUUGUCUGCGACCCCGAAGGAUAAAACCCGGCCUUGGUUUCUUAUCCUGCUUUUCCGAAUCUCGAAAUUUCGCCGCAUUCAUCUGGCAUUCGAUUCGGUUAAGCACUGGUGAUACCCACCAGCGUCGGCGUUGAGAGGGUGAGUUGUUGUCCGGCGUGAUUGUCUGUGAAGUUGUGGCGAGAGAAGAAUGGAGGGAAUUCCUCACCCCAUACCCCGUACUGUCGAGGAGGUCUUUAGCGACUUCAGGGGUCGACGAGCUGGGCUGAUCAAAGCUCUCACGGCCGAUGUGGAGAAAUUCUACACUCAGUGCGACCCUGAGAAGGAGAACUUGUGCCUGUAUGGACUUCCUAAUGAGACAUGGGAGGUUAACCUUCCUGUUGAGGAGGUUCCUCCUGAGCUUCCCGAGCCAGCUUUAGGCAUCAACUUUGCGAGGGAUGGAAUGCAAGAAAAGGACUGGCUGUCUUUGGUUGCAGUUCACAGUGAUUCAUGGCUGCUCGCUGUUGCAUUUUACUUUGGCGCACGCUUUGGGUUUGGUAAGAAUGAGAGGAAGAGGCUCUUCCAGAUGAUAAAUGAUCUACCGACUAUUUUUGAGGUUGUGACUGGCAAUGCCAAACAAUCUAAGGAUCAGUCUGCUAACCACAACGGUAGCAAAAGCAAAUCCGGCAGCAAGUCUCGCCAGUCGGAAUCUAACACCAAGGCUUCAAAGAUGUCUCCUCCUCUUCCAAAAGAAGAUGACGAGAGCGGAGAGGAUGAAGAAGACGAUGAACAAGGUGCCAUUUGUGGGGCUUGUGGGGAUAACUAUGGUACGGAUGAGUUCUGGAUUUGCUGCGAUGUGUGUGAGAGAUGGUUCCAUGGCAAAUGCGUAAAAAUCACACCCGCAAAGGCAGAGCAUAUCAAGCAGUACAAAUGCCCGGGUUGCAGUAGCAAGAGGGCAAGAGUUUGAAGAAGGUGAUAACACACAAAAAAAAAGGCUAGGGUAAUAUUUGAUGUUUGUUGCUGGAAGGAAGGGAAGCCAUGAAAGAAGAUUAGAAAAGAAGUAAGAAGAAACCAAGGCUCUUUUUUUUUUCACUCUUUUUCUUGCGAAGUGUAGUGUCUUUUUAUUGAGACAGUUUUAAAGUUCGUGUCUUUUUUUUUGUUUUAAAAAAAAUAACAUUAUGGUAUUGCUAAUUCCUGUUCUGUUUGAGGAAAAUUGUUGUCUCUAAUCACUCUCUUGUUUCAGCAGCUAGCUUGCUUGUUCUAUUCAGAAUCAGAUGCAA